AUGGUACAGCAUCAGCCUCCCUCGACAUUGACGGCCAACCAUUGCGCCGCGACUAUGCACGCCAACGAAGUCCUAGGGGCCACAGCCGGGAUUCUGCAGUACGAAGAAGUGCACGCUCCCCUGAGUAUCAAGAACCCCAGCAUUCUCACCACGGCGUUGACACUCUCCCAGCGCAAGUUAAGCCGUCAAACCCCACGCGACUCGCGACAACGAGAGAAUGGGAGAGGGCAGCUCAUACGACCAACACGCACGACAUCCACUGCGACGACAUCCCCAGACGGGGACGAUUUCAGCUGCGGCGAUUCGAACAAGGACUACACCCAUACAAGCGCUGCCAACGGCAGAAGAUUAGAGGACAAGCCUCUCGCACUCAUCCCCGCUUCGCAUGGCACGUCUAGAAACUUCAUUCCCUGA